GCAAUCACUCUCAGUUGAGUUGUCAGUCGGGUGUGUCCAGUUGUAACUUUUUGAAGAUGGACGUCUAUUAUAUACCGCUUGUGGUGAUAGCAUUGUUUUACGCUGUAUAUUACUUCUUCACAAGGAAUUUCAACUACUGGAAGAAGAGGAAUGUUCGGGGACCAGAACCGGUACCAUUCUUCGGAAACAUGAAGGAAUCUGCUCUUCGCCAAAAGAAUGUUGGAAUUGUGAUACACGAAAUAUAUAAAAACUUCCCGGAAGAGAAAGUUGUUGGUAUAUACAGAAUGACAACGCCGAGUCUUCUGAUCCGAGAUCUGGAAAUCCUCAAACACAUUAUGAUCAAAGAUUUCGAUUUAUUCGCUGACCGUGGUGUGGAGUUCAGUAAACAAGGAUUGGGACAGAAUUUGUUCCACGCAGACGGUGACACUUGGAGAGCCUUGAGAGGACGCUUCACUCCUAUAUUUACAUCGGGAAAGUUGAAGCAUAUGUUCGGUAUCAUGCAUGACAGAGCUGAUAUCUUUAUGGACUAUGUGAGUCAGAAGGCUGAGAAAAACAUAGAAUUUGAGAUACACUCACUAAUACAAAAAUAUACUGUGUCAGUUAUAAGCGCUUGCGCCUUUGGUCUUGAUCUGCAAAAUUUGGAUACUAAAUUAGAAGACCUUGAACUUAUUGACAAACUAGUGCUUGAACCGAAUUUUGGUCUCGAACUAGACAUGAUGUUCCCUGGACUUUUAAAGAAAAUAGGCAUCUCAGUUCUUCCUAAACCCGUGGGAGUUUUCUUCAAUAAACUUGUGCAAAAUAUUAUGUCUGUCAGAGGUGGCAAGCCAUCGAAUCGUAAUGACUUCAUGGAUUUGAUCCUUCAGCUGCGCGAAAUGGGAAAUGUCAAAAACCCCUUUGGAGACAUGAAACCGUCUCUUGAGAUCACAGAUGACGUCAUAGCCGCACAAGCCUUUGUUUUUUAUGUAGCUGGUUAUGAAACUAGUGCCACCACCGCUUCUUACAUGUUAUACCAACUGGCACUAAACCAAGACGUUCAAGAUAAACUUAUAGCAGAAAUAGACGCAGUCACAGAGGCGAAUAAUGGAGAGAUCACUUACGAAUCCUUGAAGGAAAUGAAAUAUAUGCAUAAAGUUUCAGAUGAGACUCUUCGUAUGUACUCAAUUGUGGAACCCCUGCAAAGGAAAUGCACUGUUGAUUAUAAAAUACCCGGAACAGACUUAACUAUUGAGAAAGACACAAUAUUAUUGGUGUCCCCGAGAGGAAUUCACUAUGACGAGAAGUACUAUCCCAACCCUGAAGUAUUCGACCCUAACAGAUUUGACCCUGAAGAGGUAGGCAAACGCCACCCCUGUGCUUACUUGCCAUUUGGAAUUGGACAAAGAAAUUGUAUCGGUAUGCGGUUUGGCAAGUUGCAGACAGCUCUAUGCGUGGCAAAGUUAUUGAGAAAAUACAGAAUAGAGCCAUCGAAGAAUACGGAACUUGAGCUAGGUGUUGACAAGAACAGAAUCAUUAUUGGCCCAGCAAAUGGAAUACGUGUUAAUUUUGUUCCGAGAAAUUGAAUUAAUAACAACUUGAACUAAUGUCGUCGACCCAAAUAGAUAAUGUGAUAGCAAAAACAUUAACGGUACACCAGAAACUAAAUUUUUUCAUAAGAUUAUUUAAUUUAUUAUAUCUUGCUGGUGUCUUAUAAAUAAAGUGUAUUUUUAUAACUAAUGUUAUUCUUUUAUCAUUAAUUUAGUGCACUAAAUCACAGUAUCAGCUAAUCAGCAGAUAUGUAAGUAAUCAUCGAUCGUCUACUUGUUUCACUCUUUCAAUAUUACUCCGUGUAACAGUGUAAAAAGUCUGAAAGGUAGUUAAAUGUAUUUUUAAAUAAAGCAUGAAUUUCAGUCGAUUGUUUAUAACGUUUAGAUACUGAAUGAAAAUUAAACGAUCAAUACAAAUUGAAA